UCUUCCUUUCGCACUUUUCCCCAAAAUGCCGCUCCUUCCGCCGACAGUGCUGCAGCUCCCAUCGUCAUCCACGACUGCCUCUGCGCUGCCACGUCCUCCUCCGAUGGAGGUCUCUGUGCACGCAUGCCCCACGUACAUGUUCAGCGAAGUCCAGCGCGUCUUCCCGCAGCCCCUCGAGCGCGAGCGUCUGCUCAUCCUGCCCGUCAUUCUGCGCUCGACGAACGACCUUGUCGGCAUGGGUCCUGCAGUCGAAGCCGAGAAGGACGCCCUGCUUGAGAUUUUUAUGAGCUGGGCAUCGCGCGUCUGUGAGCUGCUGGGCGAGCGUGGACACUGGGCAGACAUGACGGAUCCAUGCUCGGGAUACCCGGUCUAUGGCGAGCGUGGCGCGUCGUGCUACCCGGACGUGCUGGCAAACGAGCUCUUGCUCAAGUAUCCAGUGAUCAACACUGGCUGCUGCAAAAUCAUGUCACAUCCAAAGUGGCACACGCGAAUCUACCCAGCGACGGUCUUUAGCACUGCACCGCUCGCAGAGUUGCUCCGAUGCAUUGAGAUUGCUUCCGGAACAGCAUUGCCAGUCACAGCAGCAGAAGAAUCGCCCCAAACGGACGAGCAGCAGGAACAGGCUGGCGAGAACACCAACAAUGCAUGCUCCGGCAAUGUAGAAGCGACUCUCUGCACCAACCCGACAGGGACCCCAGACUCAAGCACUGGCAUCUAUGUAGCAGCUCCCAGCGCCGGCCUUUCCGUGCCGCAAAAGAACUCUUAUUGGCCUCACCGCCCUCCACUCGCCUUCUUCUUGUGAGCAAUUGUUCUCUUUGGUGAGGCGGACGGGUGCUGGCUGUUCCCACUUUUCACCUUGGGUCACUGCGUCUUGUCUGGAGAGCGUGGCGCAGCGAAAUCGCGCCUCUCUCUCUCUCUCUCUCU